AUGCAAACCCCUCAGCUACUUCGUACAGGCUGCCAAUUCGCCUCAGACUUCACGGGAGAGCAGACAAGGGCGGCUCAUCGGCAGAUCGUGCCCAUCAUCUCCUCGGACAUGACAGCCGGAAGGAGGAUAGCUCAGGAUAGCUGGCGCAUGCUUGCUGGCAGUGGCAAUGAGCAUCACGACUGGGCAGCCGUUUUGCCGCAGGGCGUCGCGUGGAUUGACAAUCGUGGCCGAAAACUGCGCAUGGCAUCACGUUGGCCAGACUUUCUUUUCUUUUUCCUCCGAGACCAAGCGGCGGUGGACUCCGCUAAGGCCGAGCCUAACGCCUCUGUCUGGUCUGUUUUCCGCGAACAGGACGGAGCCGAGAAGCAUCGCAUCAUUGCAUAUGGCUCUAGGAGUGCUAGGAUGAGCGACACGGACCGAUUUGGCGAGGGAAGCAUGCCGGCCGGUAUACAGGAACUGCCGAUCGAGCAGAGGCGCCGAGAUAGGCUUCUUGCACAUGCCUCCAUACACAGCAGCAGCCGGCACACGAGGCAGGCCCGAGGAUGCACACAGCAGCAGAGUGGACCGAUGGAGAGAGUGGGGGCCAGAGGCGGCGGGCUGACCAGCUAG